AUGCCCUUAUGUAAAAUUAACGAAAAUAAUGAUUACCCUAUUAAAAGAAAGCAUAUUCCAUCUUUUCAUUCUUGGAUUAGAUUAGAUCUUGAAGAAAUUAUUUUUUUACCAAAGAAUGAAUUUAUUUCAACGAAAAGAUGUAAACAUAUCGAUUUGAUAUUUAAAUGGGUCACCAAAGUCAUGAGUAUCGGAUUUAAUUCUUCUUAUUUUAUUGAGGAGGUCCAAAUUCCUUUGGAUCAAAUUGUUGAAAUUAAAAUUACGGAUAAAAAUAUGCUUGAGAUUUCUUUAUGUCCAAAUAGUGAAGGCAAAAUAACUUCUUCGGUAAUUGAUAAUGAUCCAACAGGUGGUCGAAUGAAUGAUACUACUACCUUGAUCUUGGUUCCUUGUCAAAAAGUUCAUCCAACAACAAUUACCAUUUUCUAUAUCGGUAUUCAAAAGUUUCGCUUGAAUAAAUCACCAACUUUUCAGAAGAAUGUAACAAAUGUUAUUCACGACGUAUUACCUAAUAAUGAUAAAUGUUUAAUGGAGGAAACCUUUAAUCCUUUAUAUGAACAAAAUUCAGAAUGUAAUAUGAUUCAAACUCGGAUCAUGACAAUUAUUGAAAGUUUCGAAUAUAAAAAUGUAUAUGGUGAUUUUAUCACUGUUGAAUGCGAAGAAGAUUGGAAAAUUGCAAAAGUUGAUCGCGAUAUUGUUGAUAAAAUGAGAAUUAUUAUUAGAGUUUCAUCAAGAGGCCACGAUGGUGGAGGAGGAUCACUAGAGGAUCACUAUAUCAUAUCUGAUAUGUUUCUUCUUUAA